CCCAGCAGCCUAAGCACGUGGUAUGAGACUACCUGAGAACAGGUUAGGUUUCACUUCUAUAUAUGGAAGGAUAGAACCACAAGGAAAUGUAUAUAAAUACUCCAUGGUCCUUGUGUGUAGCUUGCACCAGCUGAUGAGGGGGCGGGCACUUUGGAGGCGUGGUCCCAUGAGCUGUCCAAUCGCGGCGCUCCGCCCGUCUCCUCCUGGUAUAUCAGCGCACCCUGCGCGCGUCCCCGUUUAGUUGGCGGCAGUAAUGGGCGGCCGCUCAUUAGGUGGAGCUGUCUGUGUGACUUAUGCGGGGCCUCAUGUUACUCUGUCUCAGGGAAGUCCAGCAUGGACGAUGUCAUAGUCAUAAGCCAUUCGGAUGAGUCGGAAGAAGACGGGCGAAUAUGGAGGAAAAGAAAACGUCCGCGCAGCGCCUCACCUGCGCAGGAUAUUAUCGAUUUGACUGGGGACAGCGAGGUAUUUGCAUAUGUAACAAGCUCCGAUGACACUGUAAUAGACUUGACGGUUCAUGAAGAAGAGGAAUCAGAUGGCACCUUUCAGCAGCAGUUAAAAUCUGAAACCAAGAACGGCAUGGGUUCUCCAUCUGAAUGCAGAGGGUCAGACCUUGACAGUGAUGUGGACAUGAAUGAUGAAUCGUGCGAUAGCAAAGAUUUGGAUUACAGGUCAAGUUCGAGUGAAAACGGCAGCAUAUGCUCCACAGAAAGUAUAACCAACCUCGGCCAACAAAAUGGUGGUGUUCCAGAAGGUAGUGACAAAGGACUUCCUGCCAAAAACAUAAAACACCCUUAUGUAACGCCCGUAUGUUUUCAAAACCAUUACAAAACAAUUCACAAUCAAGACUAUGAAAGUGCUCCUUUAGAAACUGGUACCCAGGUCCAACAUAUAAGUAGCUCCACACUUGCUUUGUCCCCAGCAGUGCAGAAGAACCCUGAAGAAACAUUGUGCAGUCCAUCCACAACAGUCAACAAGUCACUCUUAUACAAACUUAGAUACUUCAAGAAGCCUCCUGUCAAUCAUCUCUUUCCUCAUACAGUAAGGAAUUGCAAGAACUCUGAACCAACACCAAUGCCUUUAAGUCGUAUGAAUUUAGUUAAUAACACAAAGGAUGAAGGCUUCCAUCAAGGCACAUUGUAUUUUAUGAAUGAAUUUGUAUCAGCAAGUCACUACCCACCGAAAGAACUUAUCAGUCAUGUUAUCACCUCUACUCUGCUGGGAGCUGAGGAACAAACCAUCAGACAUGACGCAUACAUGAUCCUAAUGAAAGUUCAAAGACUACAUCCAGCUACCUCUGAGUCAGUGGCUUGGGAGUGGAAACUGUUGUCUGAGGUGAUGUCAAAACAGGAAAAUCAGACUUGUCACCUUUUCCUCCAGUAUGUGGUACAGACCUUAGAUGAUGAUUUCCACCUCUGCCUACAACGUCGCAAUCUUCAUAAAUGUCUGUGUAAAGCGAUGCUGUCUUGUGACAAGAGUUUCUGUAAUGUCAAACAGGUCAUUCACUGGCUAAUAGAUGCUGUGAAACAGAUACCUGAAAAUGAUCAGGAUCCCCUCUUACAGUGUUACAAACAGAGGCCAGUUUUUCUUUUCCAGCGUAUGCUUUCCAUAGCAGUGGAAGUGGAUAACUCUCCUACAAUGAACUCCAACAAGAUAGCAGAUUACACAUUUCCCUAUGUGACAGUCCUAAAAACAAGACAACAGAGAGAGAUGUUCUUUAUUAGUACAGAAAAUAUUCUACUUCGUGCAAAGAUCCUGGAGCUAAUCUUCCUCCAUAGUUGUGAAUUUCCUCCACCCCCAAACCUCUCCCUUUGUUUUAGCAAGAUACUCUACUUUAUAAGUAAUACUACACUACAACUGGAGAAUCAGGGUUCACCUUUGCAAAGAUGGGAUGAAAUGCUGCACCAUAUAAUCAUGCUCUGCUUGAGUUUACAGACUGUUAUAACAGAUCACUUACGAACCCCUGUGAUAGACCGCCAGGAUGAAAUUAUAAAGAGACCACAUUGUCUCUUUCAUCAGUCUGAGGCCAUCACAGAGUCUGAGGUGGAUAUUUCACUCACCCACUUCCGAACCGCUCUAGGAGCAGAGCCUCCUGCAUCUUUUCUGAAUAGACUUUUUCUCUUACGGUCUCUGCUAAAUACAGCUGUUAAAAGGUAUAACUAGUACAAUAUAUAUAAGACACUUAUGUUCAUUAGCGGUAAAAAUAGAGGUUCUUCGCCUCAUUUUUAAUGGAUUAUAUUUUAACGCUGGUAACUUUUUAAAUCUGAAGUGACUGCGGGAUUCAGCACUAUAGCUUAGCACUUUGUUCAUGUACAUAGGUUUUGUUCAUGUAGACUUGCUUUGUAUACAAUGAACUUUUACAUAAAUGAUAUUUGUAAAAACUGUGUCCCAAGAGC